AUGGCUGAAGUCACCCAAAACGUCGCCUCAGAAACCUCUUCUGAUUUAGACUGUGACGUUGUCCCCGAGAAUGUCCCUCUUCCCACGAGCUCGAUGAUCACGGUACGGCUUUCCGAUAUUCAGGUCCAGGCCGAUUUCGAUGAGGAACCCGAACCAGAUGCUUCUCAAGAAGCCUCCAUACCACACAGCAGUUCUCCAUCUACACGGUCUAGUCGGUCAUCGUCACAGACUUCCGUGAGUUCCACGUCUGUGAACACCGUCGAUUGGGAGGGAUUGGAAAAGACGGAAGAACAAGAACCAAAGGACGACGCAACUGACGAGUCGACCGCUCUUUUACUGGCUCGUCUCGAGAAAGAAAAUGCAGCAUUAGCUACUGAUCCCAAAGCGGGUAUUGCCACAACUACUCGACCUCGCAAGAACACGCGACCGCCCUCCAUACAACAAUUGAGAAGAAUGGUGGAUGGACCUCAACGACAGUCCUUAAGGUACUCCCUGUUACCGGCUCCACCGAUGACCGAACUGGAGUUUUGGGCGGCAUUGGUUCAGGACUACACCCAGACUGCACAGCGACUUCCAACUCUCACAUCCAACAAAAUCCGUGGAGGUGUACCACCACCUUUGCGAGGUGUCGUAUGGCCCAGCAUUGCUCGUGCCCAUGAUGGAUUUCUGCAUUCAGAAUACCAGCGACUCUCCACCGAACCUAGUCCAUAUGAUGGCCUUAUCGGCAAAGACGUGGGAAGGAGUUUCCCUAACGUGGACAUGUUUCGUGAGAAGGACGGAGAGGGCCAACGAAUGCUGGGAAAGGUAUUGAAAGCAUUUAGUCUCUAUGAUGAAAAGAUUGGAUACUGUCAGGGCCUCGGGUUUGUCGUUGGACCCCUUUUGAUGCAUAUGACUGAGCCCGAAGCAUUUUGCAUUCUCGUUAGACUUAUGGAUCAUUACGAUCUCCGAUCUUGUUAUUUGCCGGAUUUGUCGGGUCUGCAUCUCCGAAUUUAUCAGUUUCAACAGCUCUUGAUCCGCCACCUCCCAGAACUGGCCGCCCAUCUCGACGAACUCAAGAUUGAACCUCUUUAUGUGUCUCAGUGGUUUUUGUCCUUCUUUGCUGUGACAUGCCCGCUUCCUAUGUUACUUCGAAUCUACGACGUCAUCCUAUCAGAAGGAGCAACAGAAACGCUCAUGCGAGUGGCUCUGUCGCUGAUGCAGCGCAACCAGAAGAAACUACUGGCGUGUACCGAAUUUGAGGAUGCCAUGCAAUUUCUGCUCUCGAGAAGCUUGUGGGACACCUAUGCUCAGCACGCGGACGACCUCGUCGCCGAUUUUGUGUCCCUUACAGGCCUGGUUAGCCAGGAAUCUCUUCAAUCACUAGAGGCCAACUUCCGGCACUCACAGAAUCUGACUGCCGCCUCUUCUCUGAAGAGCGCUGCGUCAUCUUUUCUGGGCAGGUUCUGGGCAGGUUCGUCCCAUGGCCCGUCACGGUCGGCCAACUUGAGUCUUCUUAUCCCUGGAAACAACAAGUCAGUCCGAAAGUCGUCUUCCGGGCACAGUCUGACGUCGACCGUUAACUCAAUCGAGACUACCAAUUCCGAAACCAGCACCCUGGCAACAGAGUUGUCUGAUGAAGGAGCAUCGAAGGUUGUCGCAUCCAACGGCCUCAUUGUGGAGCCCAGCAUAACUCCAGCACCAAAUUCAAGCGACCGAGAUCUUCAUCACCAAAUCGAAGAGCUACUCACAGAGUUAUCUAAGGUUCAACGACAGCACGUCGAACUUGUUCGAGAACUUCAAAGAGAGCGUGAAGAGAGGCAAGAAGAUCGUCAGAUAGCGCGAACAUUGCUUGAGCGACUACGACAACAAACAACGGAUAUCAGGGAACUGGCGGGAGAUGAGGAGGCCACGGAAGAGGAUCUCGAGCUGGACACCCUCAUGGACCAAGCUGACCGUCAGAUCUGUCAAGACGGUUCGAAACGUCUGUCAAUUCUGCAAUCGAAACACCAGCUUCGUGAUGCGGUUUCAGAGUGGAAGGAGAAGCACGAAGCCGAAGCCUUGAAAUGCCGGGAACUUAUGAAGCAGCUGGACGAACGAGAAGCCGAACAAAAUUCUCUCAAGGAACACCUACGGGAUGCCCGAGCAAGAAUUCAGGAUGCACACUGCGAGAAACAGCGUCUGGAGCGAACAGUUGCCGAGUUGCGGUCCCGGAACAAUUCCAUACCUGACUCACCGUCCGACCUGUACACUCCUGUCACUGAAACGCCCGAACUGAAGUUGCCGGCUCCAAAGUCUGGACUUCGAGAGCUGAGGCUAGGAAGACCAGAUCCGGCCCCGUCAUCAAGUGCGGUUCCGUAUUCUAAGCGAUCGAGCAGCCUCAACACUCAGGCCAUCCUCGCGACAGAAAAUCAUGAACCGGUAUCCAACGAUGCUCUGCUCCUCGAGCUGGUCAACGCAAAAACAGCCGAGGCAGUGGCACGACAAGAGUUGGAAGAGACCAGGGGAAAACUAGAUGCGCUACGAAAGAUUUUGAGUGGGUCGACAUCAUCGCCGACUAGUACUCCACGAAGUGGCAUAUCUGAAUCGCCAACAGCAUCGACGACAACUACCCCUAGCCCCGGGACCAAGGACCCUCCCAAACCAGCUCAUGUCGCAUCUGCAAGUACAGGAGGAUUUUUCAGCGGGUGGGGGAAACGCGGUUCUUGA